CUCCAGUUUCUAUUCUUCCUCUCUCUGUCCCUCCCCCUCCCCCACUUUGCACCAGAGAAGUCAAACUCUGGGUGUGCUUUAGACAGUUUGAGGACUAAUCUGAAAGAGGAAGAAGAAUCUGUAUAUAUUGGCUAGCACAUGUGCCCUGCCCUCUCCCCCCUUGAAAAUAGCAGCAACCCAUCUUUUUAACAAAGCUUGCCUAAAGAGCAGGCACUCUGUGAAUGGAGUACUCUUUUAGGACCCUUCGGGGUAUCCAGAUUCACUGCACAGCUCACCAACAAGGCUUACCUCUCCAGGGAACUGAUAGAUUGGAUUUACUGAAGACUUGGAGCUUGCUUCUGAGAGCGAAUGCAAAAGGACCCUGAACUGUGAAUCUUGGAGUUAUCAGCUUGGGCUUCCUCUGAUAUUACACCAUAAGAAGCACUGACUACCAUAAGAAGGAACAUUUGCAGUGCCAGAAAGAGGCACCAAGCAGACCUUCCUAGAGAAGCAUGGAUGGAGCUGGAAAUCUAACAGUGUCUUCUGCCAGUAAUAACACAUGCCAUGACACUAUUGAUGACUUCCGCAAUCAAGUGUAUUCUACUUUGUACUCUAUGAUCUCUGUUGUAGGCUUCUUUGGCAAUGGUUUUGUACUCUAUGUCCUCAUAAAAACAUAUCAUGAGAAAUCAGCCUUCCAAGUAUACAUGAUUAAUUUAGCAGUAGCAGAUCUACUUUGUGUGUGCACACUGCCUCUCCGCGUGGUCUAUUAUGUUCACAAAGGCAUUUGGCUCUUUGGUGAUUUUUUGUGCCGCCUCAGCACCUAUGCCUUGUAUGUCAACCUUUAUUGUAGCAUCUUCUUUAUGACAGCCAUGAGCUUUUUCCGGUGUGUUGCAAUAGUUUUCCCAGUCCAGAACAUUAAUUUGGUUACACAGAAAAAAGCCAGGUUUGUGUGUGUUGGCAUCUGGAUUUUUGUAAGUUUGACGAGUUCUCCAUUUUUAAUGGCCAAACCUUACAAAGAUGAGAAAAAUAAUACCAAGUGCUUUGAGCCUCCACAGGACAAUCAAGCUAAAAAUCAUGUUUUGAUCUUGCAUUAUGUGUCAUUAUUUGUUGGCUUCAUCAUCCCUUUUGUUAUUAUAAUUGUCUGUUACACAAUGAUCAUUCUUACCUUACUAAAAAAUUCAAUGAAGAAAAAUCUAUCAAGUCGUAAAAAGGCUAUAGGAAUGAUCAUAGUUGUGACAGCUGCCUUUUUAAUCAGCUUCAUGCCAUAUCAUAUUCAACGAACCAUCCACCUUCAUUUUUUACACAAUGAAACUAAACCCUGUGAUUCUGUCCUUAGAAUGCAGAAGUCAGUAGUCAUAACCUUGUCUCUGGCUGCAUCAAAUUGUUGCUUUGACCCUCUCCUAUAUUUCUUUUCAGGGGGCAACUUUAGGAGAAGGCUAUCUACAUUUAGAAAGCAUUCUUUGUCCAGCAUGACUUAUAUACCCAAGAAGAAGGCCUCCUUGCCAGAAAAAGGAGAAGAAACAUGUAAAGAAUAGUUUAAGCCCAUCUCCACUGCCAACCAAUUAAAAUAGUUUCCCCAACAAGUAUUUUCUUAAAUCAUUUAUAAUAAAAAUAAAAUUUUCUAUUAAUAAUUUACAAACACUUAACUAUGUGUGCCUAUAAAUCUAUCUCAUUUAUGUAUUCACAUUAUUAUAUAUUUAAGAUAUUUUAAGUGCUAAAAUUCCUCAACUAUGAACCAAAUUAUAAAUAAUUUUUGACCAUUUAUGGGAAGGUAGAGAAUAUUUGUGUAUUUGCACUGUAAAACAUCAGUGUGAGGUCAAGAUUUUUCGUCUUCAACUAAAAUCUUUACAAAGCAUAAGAACUAGACUUUAAGAUAUAAAAUUAGCAAAUAGUUCUCAAUCAUCCUAACAUAUUCCUUUGCAUGUAUGCCAUUAGAUGAGAACUGGAGGUGACACAGGAGCUACAUAAAAUAUACUGUCAGCCUCCUUUGUAGUACUGAUUGGCUAGGCAAGGUGGGGGCCAUUUCUUCCAGCAGAGAAUAUGCAUGUGCUGGGACAAACUAGUAUUCAGCCAAAUGGCCCUAAAGGCUCGAUGCAAUGUAUAACCUGGAAACUUAUGAAAAUAAAUCUAGUCAGAAGCCAGUUUGUCUCCAAUUUUUUCUGCCCCUGCCCUAGGCCCACAAAAGAGAAUAAUGAAGUUUUUAUUGCUCAUUGAGAUUCCUAUAGGGAGUUCUCUUCCUCCAUAAUAUAUAAUGCUUCCUUAAGAAGCAUGACAAAAAAAAAGAAGAAGCAUGACAACUGGUACUCCAUUAUACAAACAGAAAUAAUUAAAAAUUUAUCUAAAGAAGAAGAAAAGGGGUCUACUCUUCUUUUCUAUGUUUUUAUUAUUGGGAUCAAAAUUAACUACAAUGGAUUUCUGAAGAAAAUUUUGAAUGUCCAUGUUAUAAUUCUUUUAAGAAGUGCAUAUAUUUAUGUAUAUGUGUAUAACUACAUGUAAGAGAUUUUGCUCUAUGAUAUACAUUAUGGGUAAAAGUUAAUUAUAAGCUUUAUUAUUGUUUAAUUGCUUUUUUAUUGGCAUGUUGACAGGAAUAUCAAGGAUAUGUUUACAGUGGUUUUUAUAUUACAGUGGAAGCUUUGUUCUUAAAACAGCAACAACAACUUGCCCGUGGCUGAAAUAUAAUAUUCAUGGGCAAGCAUUUGCUGAAGUGUGGUCUAUUCCUUAACUUUGUGUUUCAGAAGGUAUUACUUCAGAGGAAAUAAAUGAUAA